UUCGUACGGCUCACUACAACUGCACGUCUUCACCGAUGCAAGUGAGUUAGGAUACGGAUGCGCAGCAUACUUCCGGAUCGUGUCUAAUGGAAAAGUGAGAUGUACGUUGGUGAUGGCUCGUAGUAAAGUGGCUCCCCUUAAGUAUCAAUCCAUCCCACGAAUGGAACUGCAAGCGGCUCUCUUGGGAGCAAGAAUGUUACACGCCGUGAGUGAGAACCACACACUGCCGAUCAAGGAAAAGUAUAUUCAUACUGACUCAGAAGUAGUCCUAGCUUGGAUCCGCUCACAGCAUAGGAACUACAAGCAAUUUGUUGCGCAUAGAGUUGGAGAAAUCUUGACUCUUACAGAUCCCGAGAACUGGCGACAUGUGCCAUCUAAGGAGAACUUAGCAGACUGUUUGACAAAGUGGGGAAAGGAUACAGAACCCAACUCGAACGGAAGGUGGUUCAACGGUAGGAACGCGUUUCUCUACUCCGGGAUGGAGCACUGGCCGAAACAGAAGAAAAUUACGGAAACCAGCGAGGAAUUGAGAGCUCAUCUCUUGUUGCAUCACGUAUCAGUUCCUGAAAGCCUGAUAGACAUUACACGAUUCUCAAAGUGGAAUGUCCUGCUUCGCACCGUGGCACUUGUAAACCGUUUCAUAUCGAACUGUCGACGAAAAAUAAAAGGACUACCAAUCGAAGUUUUGAAAGCCACUGAAUCCCAUGAGAAGGUACUCAAACGACCAAGCCCAUCGGUAAUAGUUCCUCUGCGCCAGGAAGAAUAUUCAAAGGCAGAACAGUAUCUUUGGCAGGUGGCACAAAACGCUUUCUAUCCAGAUGAAACCAAAACACUGAAGAACAACCGAGAUGAGCCUCUGCUUGAAAAAUGGAUAAGCCUGGAAAAAUCCAGCCCAUUGUACAGAUUGUCCCCCUUCGCUGAUCAGUGUGGGGUAAUCAGAGUAGAAGGUCGGACGGCCCAUGCCAGCUAUGCGACGUUUGACGCUCGUUUUCCAGUAAUAUUACCGAAGGAUCAUCCAGUUACCACAUUGUUGUUGAACAACUAUCACUGUCGGUAUGGACACGCUAAUCGUGAAACAAUAGUGAACGAAGUACGACAACGAUUUCACAUUUUCAACUUGCGAUCAACCGUGAACAAAGUGAUGAGAGAUUGCCAGCAUUGCAAGGUAAUUAAGUGUCGCCCGCAAAAUCCUCGAAUGGCUCCACUUCCAGAAGAACGAAAUUUCAUUAGAACAUUCAGCUACGUGGGUGUGGACUAUCUUGGUCCUCUGGAAACAUCUGUUGGACGCAGGAAGGAGAAACGAUACGUGGUCGUCUUCACGUGUCUUGUCGUUCGUGCGGUUCACCUGGAGCUUGCCUAUAAUCUUUCUACUGACUCUUGCAUCAUGGCCGUGAGGAGAUUCAUCCGGAGACGAGGACCACCAGUAGAGAUAUUCUCGGAUAACGGCACCAAUUUUGUUGGCGCCAGCAACGAGCUGAGGAAGCAGAUUAGGAGCAUCAACACCGAAUGCGCUGAUACCUUCACCGAUGCGCGCACCAAGUGGACGUUCAAUCCGCCCAGUGCACCACAUAUGGGUGGUGUAUGGGAGCGGAUGGUUAGGAGUGUAAAGGAAGCAAUACGUGCACUUGAUGAUGGACGUAAGCUCAAUGAUGAGAUAUUGGUGACAGUGCUGACAGAGGCAGAAGGAUUUAUCAAUUCAAGACCAUUAACCUACAUGCCCCAAGAUUCAGCGAACUUCGAGGCGAUCACGCCAAAUCAUUUCCUCCUGGGAAACUCAUCAGGGGCUCACGACCCAUUGAGGACUCCGGUGGACAUAGCCGCAUCGCUGAGAAGCAGCUACCAGCGAUCACAGUUUCUGUCAGACGCAGUUUGGAAUCGCUGGCUGAAGGAGUACUUCCCAACUUUGAACAAACGAUCAAAAUGGCUUGCGAAGAGCAAGCCCGUACAGGUCGGUGACUUGGUUUACGUAGCCGAGGGAAACCGAAGAACUUGGCUACGAGGUAGAAUUCAGCAGGUGUUUCUCGGAAGGGACGGCAGAGUACGACAAGCGAUAGUACGAACGGCUGCAGGAACUGAGCUGAAACGACCAAUAGUAAAGCUGGCAGUCAUGGAAGUGGCUGAUGGUGAACCUGGCAAUUGCCACAACGGCCCUCACCAGGAUUCACGGGCUGGGGGAUGUUCUGGCACCACUGCUACACCCGACGAGGUCCUCGAUGACAGGCGUUCCCUGACAAUCGAGAAACGUAAGACAAUGCGUCAGCUAAAUUUGACAACGAACGAAUAUGCGAAAACAUGCUAGAAUUUCUAUCGUGGCAAAUGCUGUUGAAUUUAAUUGAAAUUUGUAAAUCUAUUUGAAUUGUUGAAAUUUCUUACUCCUUGAAUAUUGUGACCAACUGAGUUUGUAAUCAAACCUAUUUGUGCGUCGAAGAAAGUGCCAAUUUGAGUUCAAACAAAAAGUAGUUGGAUAGACCGGCACUCUCGAGGGGAACAGUAAGCUAUAGAUUACACCUUAAGUGCGUCUUGAUGAAUUAGGAGAACCACCUUAGGGUAUUUGCUUAAACUGCAAUUGAGAUCGACAGAAUUUUGCUUCGGAUAAGUUCCGAUAACGGGAAACUAGAUGUAAGUUGAGCAAUUUGUAUUUUCUUCAUAUAUUAACUGAAUAUAUCAUUUUAGCUUUAAGCUGCUCACUGAGAAAAGCUGCUCUAAGGAACCCUACCACCUAUCCGAACACAGGGAAAACCUUGAAUCAGUGUUUUCACAUUUUUAUCUGUGCCGUAUUCUCAAAAAUCUCUUUCAUCUGCACCAGAUAUUGAAAUAAAACUGUAUUUCGAAUAUGUAGUAUUUACAUCUUUCGUACAUGAUUUUUUUCCGACGUUUCAAAUAAGAUACUGCAAAUUCUAUGUAGACUCAGAUUAUUCUAGAAACUCCACCACAAGAUUUUUCUUUCGAGAAAUUUCGCCAGGAUUUCUUGCUAGAACUUCUUUAGAAAUAUCUCUUGGAAUGUCUCCCAAGAUUUCUUCCGUAUUUUUCCAUGCCAUUUUCAUGGUAUUCCAAUUCGAUUUCCUCCCGGCGGGAGGCUCCCGCAGUCUCUUUUGGAUUCUUACCAGUAUUUUUCCAAGAUUCAAACAGUUAUUUCCGGGAUUCUCCCUUGUAAAUCUUCCAGGAUUCCUGAAUUGCGUUUUCUCCUGGAGUUUUUCACGGGAAUCCUACAAAAUCACCCAGAGUCCCUCGUGGGAAUCCUUUUAAGGUAUUUCUACCAGGGCUCAUUCCGAGAUCUCCACAAGAGUUUCUCUAAGGGUAUAUUGCAGAUGUUGUCGCAGAGUUUCUAGUGGAGUUUUUCUCGGGACUCCGGUUGAAGAUUUUCCGCGUUCCCUUCCGAUAUUCCUCUUGGGACUUCCUCGGAAGAUCUUCCCGUGAUAUCUCUCAGAGUUGUUACAGGUGUUCUUCCUGGGAUUUCUACUAGAGCUGACACGAGGAUUUCUUUAGGAAUUAUCCCGAAUUUUCUGCAGGAGUUCCUCUCGGGAUUUCUUCCGAAAUAUCUCCUGUAAUUUCUUCAAGAAAUUAACGUGAGCAUUCUUCUAGAGUUCUUCCGUGGAUUUAUACUUCAAGGUUCUUGUGGGUUUUCUUCUGAAGAUAUUUAUCUCAGAGUUUCUUCCGCGACUUCUCUCAGAAAAUUCCUUCGCUGUGGUUCCUAGGAUGUCUUUCGGAGUUUUUCUGAACCUACCCUGUUGAGUUUUUUCCUCGUUGUUUACCAGAUUUCUUGCAGCGACUUUUUUACAGUUUUUUUUCUGAAUUGCUCCCAGAGUUCUUCCCGGAAUCCCUAUCAGAAAUUGUCCCGAUAUUCUCGAUGCUGCUUUUAGGAUUUCUUUUACCCUCCUAACAUGUUUAGCUAGGUGCACCACCAUUACGAAGUGCACGUUCAGCGAGCCUGUCUGGGUCAUAUUGACCCCAACAUCCUACUAGGGUUAAUAGAUGCUCCCGGAGUCUGAUAGUUGCAGGAAUUUUUCCAGGUGAUUUUCUUCGGAAUGUCUUCUGGGAUAAGUUGUGAAAUUCCUUGUAAUAUAUUUCCGUAGAAAUAUAGGAAAGAAUUCAGGUUAAAUCUGGUUAGACCUUUUGAAGAAAUCUCGAAAGGAACUUAAGAAAUCCUGAGUUAAACAUUAGCACCUCGGCAAAAAGUUGUGGGAGUAAUGCCGGGAGGAACUACGGGUGAAAUACCGCGAGUAAAUUCAAGAGUUGGCGGAAAACUCUGGAACAAAUCCCUAAAAGAACUUCUGCAAAAACCCCUUGAGGAACUGUUGGAAAUCUAUCCCGGAUACCAUUAAGAGUAAUUCCUGAAAACUCCCGGGUGCACCAGCAGAGAGCCGUAAAAAACUUUUGCAGAAAUCAUGGUUCCUCCGAAAUCCCGAAAGAACACUGAAAAAAUCUCUGAAGGAACUAUUUAUGGGAGCAAACUCGGGAGCAUAUACGUUGAAAAAACUCUGGAUGCAAAACAGAGAGAACUGAAGAAAGCCAGAAAAAGUCGCAUCCUGGGGUCGAUAGAGACGUUGAAUGCACCAGACAAGCUGCCUGGGACUUGACAAAUUUGACAUUCAACGACUCCUUUGUUGUACACUUGGCCAGGUCCUCUCGAUCAGCGGGGAUGAGGAGGAAAUGUUGAUUAGAUAUUAUGUUUCCAGUUCAAAACCGAAUUAGCGACAUUUUUUCUUUGACUUCCGCUGCCUUUGCCCUGCGUUAAACAUAAUGUCGGAAGUGGGGCGCUGUUUUGUACAGCAGCGGAAGUCAAAGAAAAAAUGUCGCUAAUUCGGUUUUGAACUGGAAACAUAAUAUCUACUCAGAACAUGUCCAAGUGCUUGGACCACUUUAUAGAUAUCUGGAGUUAGAUUUUGGAUGGCUUUUUAAGGAAUGCUUUUCAUGGAGACGUUUACGUUUACAUUUAUCAUCAAAAAAUUUACUCCGUCAUAUGCGCUAAUUCCCGUCACAUCAGACUGAAAAUAACCAAUCAUUUCAGAUAUUUCGACUUAUCUUUGCCAAUGCCUUAUUAGACGAAAGCAAAACCUCAUCAGAUGGAAGCAAAAAGAUGUAGACUGUUAAUGACCAACCUCUUUAGCACUCGAAAACGAUUAAGUACACUAGAUUUCAUGUUUCAAUUUCACUCCAUUUACGAGUUGGCAUUUUUUCUCAUUUUAACUUCGACGAAGGCAACCACACCAAAGCAGAAACUAGCCGCAUUGUUCUUCAUCGCCGUUGAAUUUUCAUUUCUCCAGAUUUACUUCAAUUCAUACCCCACAAAAGCUCUGUGGCACUUCGAAGUUGGAUUCCACUGCUGCAGAAUACAGCAAAAGCUGUUCAAUAAAUCAAAUAAAUCACUUUCUUCUCCUAGGGAGCAUGCAAGCAAAUGUUCUGCAUACGAAAUAUAGUAUUUCACAAACACGAAGAAAGAUUUUUUCGUUGCACUGUGAUAGCGUAGGGUAGCGAAUUCAAUUCCAAACCUAUUGACUUGAAUUUUUGUACACGGCUAGAUACUAUAUAUCUCAUCGCGUUCCAAAAAUUGUGUCAAUUGGUUCAAAAUUCGCUGAGUUAUAGCAGAAAAGUGCCCAAAAUAGGACCCCUGCCGAGAUGGUUCCACUUCCGUAUUAUGUUCUGGUGGGGAAAAAAUAUUAAUUGAAAUAUUUUGGUCGCUAUUUUAAAGCCCAAUUUCUCAAUUUAGAACUUUCUGCUAAAUUAUACUUUGAAUACAUGGUUUGAUUUGGAAUGUGAAGAAUUUGACCGUUUUCUAGAAUAAACACCUACGGUCAAAUCAAAUUUUUUUACCAUCCCAUGUACCAUAUUGUCACGUAGGAGGUGCCGGAAAUUGAAUUCAGGUUGUGCCCGAAAUAAACAUGAACAUGACGGAAAUAGAAUUCGAGGGACAAUUAUUCAAUCUUUUUAUUUUAUGGAAAUUGUGGUUCUUUUACAAUAUUUUUUACAUGAUAUAGGGGAACUUACGCACCUAUUCUCGGCAGUUUUGUUCUCUUCGUCAUGGGGGGUUUUUGGAACCUAUUAAACUCGAAGUUGGCGUCACAUCUUUCCCAACCAAGCUGAAUUUUACGACCAAGGUUCAAGCAAUUUGGCCGAUUAAACCACCCCCCCCCCUGUUGAAGAGAACAAACCUGCCUGUCACCCUAGAAGCUAAUUUAUAUAUAAAUACCGUGGGUACACAGUCAUGGAUCACUUAGUGGUAUUUUUGACCUUCAAAAUUCAAUUAAAAAUAAAAGAAAACAAAAACUACGACUUUGAAAGCAACGUUGGCUAUGUUUUGAUUCGAACUUUUCAUUACCGAUCCAUUUGAAGUAUAAUCGCAAGUCAUUUCCGCGAAAAAAAGGAAUAUUUCACUGUUUACAAAAUGCCCUAUUAUGGAUCAUCUUCACAGAGUCCCACAUAUUAUGGAUCAAUUUUUGCCAUAUUAUGGAUCAGUGCAAAAUUACUCAAAAUUCCAACUCUAAUAAUAAAUUUGCGUUUGUAAGGCUAAACUACGCAGUGUAUUCAUUAUUUUACUGAUGGAGUACCGUAAACCGG